CUAUGAAUAGGCUAAUCGAGUAACUGUAUGGGUCAUGGCGUCAAACUCAACUAAGUCUUUUCUGGCAGAUGCCGGCUAUGGCGAACAGGAGCUGGAUGCUAACUCUGCCCUUAUGGAGUUAGACAAAGGUCUAAGAUCUGGCAAACUUGGUGAACAGUGUGAAGCAGUUGUCCGAUUUCCCAGGCUCUUUCAGAAGUAUCCAUUCCCUAUUCUCAUCAAUUCUGCAUUCCUAAAGUUAGCUGAUGUUUUCAGAGUUGGAAACAAUUUCCUGAGGCUGUGUGUUCUUAAAGUUACCCAACAAAGUGAGAAGCAUUUGGAGAAGAUCCUAAAUGUGGAUGAGUUUGUAAAGAGAAUUUUCUCUGUGAUUCAUAGUAAUGACCCUGUUGCAAGAGCCAUCACACUCCGGAUGUUGGGAAGUCUGGCAUCAAUAAUUCCCGAGAGGAAGAAUGCUCAUCAUAGUAUUCGUCAGAGUCUGGAUUCACAUGAUAAUGUAGAAGUUGAAGCUGCUGUUUUUGCUGCUGCUAACUUCUCUGCACAGUCAAAGGAUUUUGCUGUAGGAAUCUGUAACAAAAUCAGUGAAAUGAUUCAAGGUCUAGCCACGCCAGUAGACUUGAAGCUGAAGUUGAUCCCCAUCCUGCAGCACAUGCACCAUGACGCCAUCUUGGCGUCCAGCGCGCGUCAGCUCCUGCAGCAGCUGGUCACCGCCUAUCCUUCCACCAGAAUGGUGAUAGUCUCUCUGCACACUUUCACUCUGCUUGCAGCUUCAUCUCUGGUUGAUACGCCUAAGCAGAUUCAGCUUUUAUUGCAGUAUUUGAAGAAUGACCCUAGGAAAGCAGUAAAGAGACUUGCUAUUCAAGAUCUGAAAUUACUUGCCAAUAAAACACCACAUACUUGGAGUAGAGAAAACAUUCAGGCACUCUGUGAAUGUGCCCUGCAGACUCCUUAUGACAGCUUGAAACUCGGGAUGCUCUCUGUCCUUGCCACGCUGUCAGGGACCAUCGCCGUCAAACAUUACUUCAGCAUAGCUUCAGGAAAUGUGGGUUCGUCCCCUAGAUCCUCUGAUUUAGUCAAAUUAGCCCAAGAGUGCUGUUACCAUAAUAACAGGGGCAUUGCAGCUCAUGGAGUGAGAGUCCUAACUAAUAUAACUGUAUCUUGUCAAGAAAAAGACCUUUUGGCACUGGAACAAGAUGCUGUCUUUGGCCUGGAAUCCCUUCUGGUGCUUUGUAGUCAAGAUGAUAGCCCAGGUGCUCAAGCCACUUUAAAGAUUGCUCUGAACUGUAUGGUGAAGUUGGCCAAGGGCAGGCCCCAUCUCAGCCAGUCCGUGGUUGAGACCUUGUUGACUCAGCUGCACAGCGCUCAGGACACUGCCCGCAUCCUGAUGUGCCACUGCCUGGCCGCCAUUGCCAUGCAGCUGCCCGUGCUGGGCGAUGGGAUGCUCGGUGACCUUGUGGAACUCUACAAGGUGAUCGGACGAUCAGCCACAGACAAGCAACAGGAGCUUCUGGUGAGCUUGGCCACUGUGAUUUUUGUAGCCAGUCAGAAAGCACUGUCUGCUGAAGUGAAGGCGGUAAUAAAGCAGCAGCUUGAAAGUGUUUCCAAUGGAUGGACUGUCUACCGGAUUGCCAGACAGGCAUCCCGAAUGGGUAAUCAUGACAUGGCCAGAGAGCUUUAUCAGAGUUUGCUGACUCAGGUUGCCUCAGAACAUUUCUACUUCUGGCUGAAUAGUUUGAAGGAGUUCUCACAUGCAGAACAGUGCCUCACUGGGUUACAAGAAGAGAAUUAUAGUUCAGCACUUUCUUGCAUUGCUGAGUCUUUAAAAUUCUACCACAAAGGGAUUGCUUCCUUAACAGCUGCCAGUACACCACUGAAUCCUUUAAGUUUUCAGUGUGAAUUUGUAAAGCUCAGGAUCGACCUUCUGCAAGCCUUCUCCCAACUUAUCUGUACUUGUAAUAGCCUCAAGACAAGCCCCCCACCUGCAAUCGCCACAACUAUUGCCAUGACCUUAGGGAAUGACCUUCAGCGGUGUGGUCGCAUCUCCAAUCAGAUGAAGCUGUCCAUGGAAGAAUUCCGAAGCCUUGCUUCCCGAUAUGGGGAUCUUUAUCAGGCAUCUUUUGAUGCUGAUUCGGCAACUUUGAGGAAUGUAGAAUUACAGCAGCAGAGCUGUUUACUGAUAUCUCAUGCAAUUGAAGCCCUCAUUUUGGACCCAGAAUCAGCAAGUUUCCAGGAAUAUGGGUCUUCAGGAGCAGCCCAUGCUGAUAGUGAAUAUGAGAGAAGAAUGAUGUCUGUAUAUAAUCAUGUCUUGGAGGAGGUGGAAUCGCUCAAUCGGAAAUAUACCCCUGUUUCUUACAUGAGAUAUUUUUUCCAGAAACUUCAGUCUACCAGCAUCAAGCUUGCCCUGUCACCGUCCCCCCGGAACCCUGCAGAGCCCAUCGCGGUCCAGAAUAACCAGCAGCUGGCGCUGAAGGUAGAGGGGGUGGUCCAGCACGGGUCUAAACCCGGACUCUUCCGCAGAAUUCAGUCCGUCUGUCUGAACGUGUCCUCCACGCUGCAGAGUAAAUCCGGGCAGGACUACAAGAUACCCAUUGACAAUAUGACCAAUGAGAUGGAGCAGAGGGUUGAGCCUCAUAACGAUUACUUCAGUACUCAAUUUCUGUUGAACUUCGCCAUUCUUGGUACUCACAACAUUACGGUGGAAUCUUCGGUGAAAGACGCCAACGGUAUUGUGUGGAAGACUGGUCCCCGAACUACCAUAUUUGUGAAAUCCCUGGAGGACCCUUACUCCCAGCAAAUUCGCCUACAGCAGCAGCAGGCCCAGCAGCCGCUGCAACAGCAACAGCAGCGAAAUGCCUACACGCGGUUUUAGCCACACAGCCGACGCACUGCAGACCUCCAGGGACGGAUCAGCUGGGCAAAGAUAGUUUGCUUUUUCUUAUGGAUUAAGAUACGAACGUUAGAAUGCGGAAUCCAUUUAUUCAUCGGUUUCUGUAAUGUAACAUUCUGGGGAAAAAAAUUUUUUUUCUUAAAAAUUUAGUUUGAGAAAUAAUUGGGGUCCUAACCAGAAAGAUUUUUAUUUUUUCCUGACUGCUUCUCCCACCAAGCCCUUCAUCUCAUCUUUAACACUUCUGUUGUUUUGCUAUGAUUGCUUUUAUUGUGGCUGAGUCUUUUCUUUUUCUUUCAGGAAAAGUCACAUAUUGGGAUCAUUGAAUUAGUAAAUUUGACUGCUUUUCUACCAAAAUAUAUCACUUGCUGCCUGACAUAGACCUCUAAUUCUGAGCUAGGCCUUGGGAAAUCCUAGUUCUGAUCAGUAGGUGCUGGGUUUACCCAGGGUAUAGACACAGAGUCCUCCCAUAGUUGGUUGGAGUUGAAAGUGUCCCCUGAAACAUCUGGUCUUGUGGGUUCUGAGCGUGACUGAUCUGGCAGAAUUUAAACAUCCUGCCAUAUUAUUUCAACUAUUUACCUAUCUUUUCCCUGCUAAAGCAAUAUUAAUUUAUUGUUUUAGUAUUUAAUUGACCCAAACAGCAGCUAACAAUUACGUAGAAAGAUUGGAAAUUAAUAAUUUGUUUUUUCUAAUAUGUGUGUGAUUAUAUAUAAUACAGACUUUUUGUUUGUUUCUUUAGAGUGAAAAAAUCACCUGCAUUUAGUAUCUUAAUAUUUUAAGUUAAGAGGGCAGAUCCUUUCCUUUGAUUGGUUUAAGUUCUUCUUGGCACGUUAGGUAAUGCUAGACUUGAUCGUCUAGAAAUAGCAGUCUCUUUAUAAUACAACCUCAGUGACUUGGAAUGCUCAGGGAGUAGAUGUUUUCUGGUUAGGCCAGGAAACCCCUUUUUUUUCUGUUUCAAUACUGGUUGAAAACCAUUAUAAAAGUAAUAAUAAUAGACUUUCUUGUCUGAGCACAGUGUCCUAGAUGUCAUUUAACUGUUCCUUCCUGAUUUGGGAUCAUUCAGUGCUUUGGGAUCAUGAUUUCUAGACAUCAGGGAUCACAAGAUUGCAGACAUUGCUGAUAUGGGCACUUGGGCCGGAAACUGCUCCCAAGAUAAAGCGCAGG